CCCCCUCGUUACUUUGCAAUAGUCUUUGCAAGUCUGGCCAAUGGCUGUCAGCUGCACUAAAGGUAAAGAAAAAGAAUAAUGCGCAGAACGGACUUUACAUCAUCUUUACGUGGCCGUUGUUGAAGUUCACGGGUUGGCAAAUAGCAUUAAGGAUAAAAAACCCGAACUGAUAUAAGGAAGUAUCAGACAGUCGGUAGAACUAGGAGGAAAGCAAAGAUCAAACCGAAAGCGAACAACAAAGGCUAUGCCUUGAAUCUAAUAGCUCCUCAACGGGUCUGAAGUAAAGAUAUACAGACACUUGAAAAGGUAACAAAAUGGGUUCGAAAUCUUCAAAAUCUGUAACUGCAAACAAUGAUCCCAUAGGAAGAGCAAACAGCAAUCUCAACUUAGGUGAUACCCAUUUUAGAUUAGCAGAGUAUAAAAAGGCCAUUACCUAUUACAUUAAAUAUAGGGAAACUUGCACUGAAAUUGGCAAUUUUCAAGGAUUAGCAAUUGCCUGUGAGAAACUGGGUUCUGCCUUUUUACACCUAGGACAACAUAAAGAGGCUAUCGAGUAUUUUGCAACAAGUUUAGAAAUUUUCAUUCAAUUUGACAAUCACUCAGAAGUGGCAACUAACAAUGGCAAUUUAGGCACUGCCUAUCAUAGUUUAGGAGAGCAUGAAAAAGCUAUUGACUAUUUCAAAAAAUGUUUGGAAAUCAGUGCUGCUAUUGGCGACAAUUCAGGAAUGGCAAAAAUUAAUGGCAAAUUGGGCAGUGUUUACCUUAGUUUAGGCGAAUAUGAGAAGUCCAUUGACUAUUUCAAAAUAGGUUUGGAAAUGAGUACAGCUAUUGGUGAUAAGUCAGGAAUGGCCGAUAAUAAUGGCUAUUUGGGCUAUGUUUAUCAUAAAUUAGGAGAAUACGUAAAAUCCGUUGAUUAUUCAAAAGAAGGUUUAGAAUUGAGUACUGCUAUUGGUGAUAAGCAAGGUAUAGCAAGUAAAAAUUGCAAUUUGGGUAAUGCCUACCUUGGUUUGGGAGAAUAUGAGAAGGCUAUAGCCUUUUUUAACAAAGGUUUAGAAAUUAGAACCGCUAUUGGCGAAAAAUCAGGUAUAGCAACUAUAAAUGAUAAUGUGGGCAAUAUUUAUCUUAUGUUAGGCGAAAUUGAGAAAGCCAUUGACUAUUUUAAAAAGAGUUUAGAAAUGCGAACUGCUAUUGGCCAUAAAUCGGGAAUAGAAGCUAACUAUGGCAAUUUGGGUUAUGCUUACUUUAGAUCAGGAGAAUAUGAGAAAGCCAUUAUCUAUUUUAGAAAAAGUUUAGAAAUGAGUUCUGCUAAUGGCAAUAAGUCAGGAAUUGCAGCUAACAAUUGCAAUUUGGGUAAUGCCUACCUUAAUUUAGGAAAAUAUGAGGAAGCCAUUGAAUGUUAUAGAAAAGGUUUAGAAAUUAGUACUGCUAUAGGCGAUAAGUCAGGAAUAGCGACUAACAAUGACAAUUUAGGCAAUGCUUACUUUGGAUCAAAAAAAUAUGAGAAAGCCAUUAUCUAUUUUAGAAAAAGUUUAGAAAUGAGGACUGCUAAUGGCAAUAAGUCAGGAAUUGCAGUUAACAAUUGCAAUUUGGGUAAUGCCUACCUCUGUUUAGGAAAAUAUGAGGAAGCCAUUGAAUGGUAUAGAAAAGGUUUAGAAAUGAGUACUGCUAUAGGCGAUAAGUCAGGAAUAGCGAUUAACAAUGGGAAUUUGGGCAAUGCCUACCGUAAUUUAGGCGAAUAUGAGAAGUCCAUUGGCUAUUUGAAAAUAAGUUUGGAGAUGGCUACAGCUAUUGGUGAUAAGUCAGGAAUUGCAACUAACAAUAGCAAUUUGGGCAGGACCUACCUUGAUUUAGGACACUAUGAAAAAGCCAUUAACUAUUUCAAAAAAGGUUUAGAGAUGAGUACUGUUAUUGGCGAUAGGUCAGCAAUAGCAAGUAACAAUAUUGAUUUUGGUAAUGCCUACCAUAGUUUAGGAGAAUAUGAAAAAGCUAUUGACUAUUUCAAAAAAAGUUUAGAAAUGAGUAUUGCUGUUGGCGAUAAGUCAGGCACAGCAACUAACAAUGUUAAUUUAGGCAGGACCUACCUUAGUUUGGGAGAAUAUACCAAGGCCAUUGACUAUUUAAAAAAAGGUUUAGAAACGAGUACUUCAAUUGGUGAUAACGUACUAAUAGCAAGAAGCAAUGGAGAGUUAGGUAAUGCCUACAUUAAUUCAGGAGAGUGUGAGAAAUCUAUUGAAUAUUUAAAAAAGGGUUUAGCAAUGAAUACUGCUAUUGGGAAUAAGUCAGGAAUAGCAAGCAACAAUUGCAAUUUAGGAAUUGCUUAUCUUGGAUUAGGAGAAUACGCGAAAGCCAUUCGCUAUUGCACAAAUGGUUUAGAAAUAAGUGUAGCUAUUGGCAAUAAGUUAGGAAUAGCAGAAAACAAUGGUAGUUUGGGUAAUGCCUACCUUAGUUUAGGAGAAUACGAGAAAGCUAUUGACUGUUUCAAAAAAAGUUUAGAAAUGAGUACUGUCAUUGGCGAUAAGUUAGAAAUAGCAAAAAAUAAUCGCCGUUUAGGUCUUGCUUAUCUUGAAUUAAGAGAUUAUAAGAAAUCCAUUCUCUAUUGCAGAAAAGGUUUAGAAAUUAGUACUUCUAUUGGUGAUAAGACAGGAAUAGCAUCUGGGAAUGGCGAUUUGGGCCAUACUUACUUUAGCUUCGGAGAGUAUGACAAAGCUAUUGAUUGCUUCAAAAAAAAAUUAGAAAUGAGUACUGAUAUUGGCGAUAAAUCAGGAAUAGCAAGUGCGAAUUUCGGUUUGGGCAAUGCUUAUAAAUGCUUGGGAGAAUAUGAAAAAGCUAUCGAUCACCAAAAAAAGUGUUUGGAAAUUAGUACUGCUAUUGGUGAUCAAACAACAAUAGCAAAGGUCAACGGCAAUUUGAGCAAUGUUUAUAGACGUUUAGAACAAAAUGAAAAAUCCAUUGAUUAUAUAAAAAAAAGUUUAGAAAUGAGUACUGCCAUUGGCAAUAAGUCAGUAAUAGCAAAUAGCAUUUCCAAUUUGGGCAAUGCUUUCCUUAGCUUUGAAGAAUACGAGAAAGCUAUUGACUGUUACAGAAAGGCAUUAGAUAUUAAUACUGCUAUUAGCAAUAAAUCUGGAAUAGCAACUCAGAGUGGCAAUCUGGGGAUUGCCUACCUUCGACUAGGAGAAAAUGAGAAAGCCAUUGACUAUUGCAAGAAAGGGUUAGAAAUCAGUAUUGCCAUUAAUGAUCCGUUACUCUUAGCAGCUAGUAAGAGCAAUUUGGGAGCUGUACAUUUUGUUUUAGGACAGGAAGAAACAGCAGUAUUAUGUUUAAUGGAAUCUAUCAGCAUAUAUGAUAAAAUAUUUUUAAACUCAAUACCAGACCAAAAUAAGUUGUCAUUCACUCAACAAUACUUUAGCGCCCAUGUAAUGAACAUGAGUUAUUUUAUUUCUUUGGGGCGCAUUGAAUCUGCAUUAUUAGUCAUUGACCUCGGAAGGGCUAAAGAACUUCAUUUGUCCAUUGAAAGAAAAAAUAAGUCUUUGAAUACAAAAAUGUUCGAUUAUGCAAAUGUGAGAUGGAAGAGAAUCAAGAAUAGUGAAGAACAGGUAGAAAUAAAAGAAUUACAGAGCAUCCUCCAGGUAAGCAGUAACGAUACUUCCAUUAUAGUAUUUGCUUUCGAUUUGGAAGGUUUUCUCAAUGUUUGGGUGUUGAAUGAAGAAGUAAUCUUUAGAGUAUCAAAAUCAGAAGCACGAUUGGAAACAUUUGUGCAACUGAUAAGUGAAUUGUUCAGAAUGGUGAAUGUGAAUGUUAAUCGGGAUUCUUCGUUUUUCGAACACGAUUCAGUGGCCAGUAUUGAUGAAAAAUCGAUUCUUCCUUUGGACGUUUUUAAAGAGAAAUCUCCGUCUAAAAAUCAUUUUGAGAAACCUUCUGUUGGUGAUGAUGAUUUAAACCAAGACGGUAUUUUGAAAACAUUGUUUAAACUGCUGAUUGACCCUGUAAGCGAUGUCAUUAAGGGCAAUAAACUUAUAGUUGUUCCGGACAAGCAAUUGUUUUUUGUCCCAUUUUCGUCAUUGAUUGAUGAAAAUGGUUGUCAUUUAUCCCACAGUUACAGCAUUCAAGUUACGCCAUCAUUACACACUCUAAGGUUUAGCAUUGAACGCUCUCAAGAUCGGGGCCUUGGUUUUGCGUUGUUUGUUGGUAAUCCAACUGUUGGAGCGGUUUCCUUAAAUGGAAAAGAAUUUUCACCCCCUGCCCUACCAAAUGCUGCUAGAGAAGUUGAAUGUCUUUCAAAGCUCUUCAAUGCUAGACCCUUAGUGGGGCGUGAAGCUAGAAAACAGGUUGUACUGGGUCUUUUAUCUGGGGCUAGCAUAAUCCAUAUCGCUGCUCACGGUGAACAACUUCGAGGUGAAAUAAUGCUUUCCCCUAACGUUUCCUCGACUCGGCCAACUUCAACUCUUCCUUAUCCAGACGACUACCUCCUCUCACAGAAGGAUAUUAUAAAUACUUCUUUGCUAGCUAGCUUGGUAGUUUUAUGCUGUUGCCAUACCGGGCAAGGUGAGAUUUCUUCCGAAGGUGUCAUAGGUAUUGCUCGGGCAUUUAUUGCAGCCGGCGCUCGCACUGUUCUCGCCACACUAUGGCCCAUUAGUGAUGAUGCCACGAAAGAGUUUAUGGAAGUAUUUUAUGGUGAGUUGUGCCAGGGAACAUCGGUUUGUGAAGCACUAAGAAAAACAAAGAAUCUCUUCCAAAAACACCAAAUCCAAGCUUACCGGUCUUACACAAUCUGGGCUCCAUUUACCAUCUACGGGGAGGAUGUGGUUUUUCAGAAACAUGACAUCGAAAAUAUCAGAGAUAAAUCACGUGACAAGUUCUCUGGUUUUGUUGUAUUACCCUGAAGUUUGUAAGUAUAAUAAUUAUAUAGCUUUGUUUAGUCAGUAUCGAAUUUUAAAUAUUCUGUUUUUUAAAUCAAUAUAAGUAGACAUUUCCUGUCUUCAAAGUGUGAUAGUGCGUUGUAAUAAACGAAAUACGAUUGGUAUGCAGUGUUGCAGUUAUCGCCAAGCCGUAAGUAUAUAUCAGUUUCAAUUCAAAAUGUGAUUUCGUUAAGCCUUGUCCGCACUUUAGUUAAUUGCAAGAAUUCCCUAUCCCCAUUAUUUGCAUACUUAUUCGCUGGUCCCAAAAAGGGGAAUAGCAUUUUCUUGCAACUUGCAUGAACCAGGCUUUCGUCCCUUCGUUAUUGGCGUUGCGUAAGUUCUUGAAUUUCGGUCCUUAGGUAUCGGGCCAGUCAGGAUUAGAACAUUAACCUGCUUACUUCUCUUUAAUUCCCAAUAUGGAAGUCAAAUUUUAUUUAGAAUGUCAUUUCAAUGUCAAAACAAUACGCUAUAGCAAGCAGAUAUUCUAUUUUUUUUCUCCACUCGUCAUCGGUUUACAAUAGUUAUAUUUUUGAAGAUAAGGGAGGUGGCUGCCUGUAUGAAAUUUUUACUAAUGGAAGCAGCACUUUAUUUGACUUUGCAGAUUAAACUUUUUGUGCAAGUAUUUGAACUUACAACCUAAUUCCCAAGAAAUAAAUUUACACUUUUUUCAGGCAUGCGCUGACAUAGUAAAAAAAUUCACUUGGAGAAAAACAAUUGCAAGCUAACACCGUCCUGUUCAACGUUUCCGAGAUAUAUUUUGGUACAUGUAUGUGCAUGUAGAAAAUAAAGUGCAUGUAGCAAAUUAUAUCUGCAAAAGUUCAUCUUCAAUAUUAUAAGUUUGCGAAAUUCCAGAUUUUUUUACUACGAUAACACAAAAUAUUUAAUUUAUGUGCGGCAGCUUCCAAUGUUAAGUAAUUUUAAGCGAACGUAAUUUAGUGAAAAACCUAAAAUUAAUUGUCAGUUUAUUUAAACUGAACAAAUCCUCCAUAGUAGAACCAAUAUACCAAUAGCUCUAUUUGCGCAGGUCAUUAAUGAAGUAUAUGCUUACAACUUCAAACUCUGCGAUAUUGUAACUUGAGACUUAUUUAUAGAUAAGAAAUAACAUAAACUUUAGCCAACAUUCUAAAACCUAGUGGACCGACAUCACGCGUACUGUAUUGAUAUGUUUCCGCAAUGAAGAAGGAAGUAAAAAUAUGUGAGGAUCAUCGAAGCGUUGUGAUAUGAAUUUGAACUUGCAUCACCGAAAACAUCGUUAAAAACAUACGAAAUAAUUCAAUAUUUUGCCUUUUGUUGGAAAAAAGGAUAACAUGAAACAAACCGAUGUAUCUUCUACGUCUUAGUAGAACACUCGUGACAUUUGUUAUAACAAUUGUUGAAAGUCAUAAAGCGUCUUCACAGUUAUUUCAUAGGCAUAAAAAAAAUCGGGCAAAUUGAAACAAUAAUUGCUUGACAUACGAAAAUUAGAAAUCUGCAAGACUGCAAGAACAAUUACUUUACAUUUAAAAAAUGAACACCUCUUCAACACAUCAUAUGGUAUACGGUGAUCAGUUGACUCACUGAACUAAAAAAGGGAAAGCAAUGAAAUCGAAAAAUGUUACCAGUGUUAAAGUAUUGGACAGGUGAAGUUUGAGUAUUGUGAGAGUUCUUCAUUCGACAAGACGAUAUAUGCCCAUGCGCGUGUAUUUGUUGAAGAAAUAAUUAUACUAGAGUUGCACGAAAGCUCCUUCAUUUGUCGCUUCGUUUUUAUAAUCAAACGAAGCAAGUGGUUAUUGAUCUUGUGCUUUAAAAAAAUCAUCUUUACUGGAGCCUCGAAAUUUUGUACAAAUCGUAAUAAUAACUGGACCACGGAAUAAGGAUUUGAAAGGCUUUUAUUUCAUCUAUAUACUAAGUGGAUCGUGUUGAAACAUUUUCAUUACAGGACGGAUAUAGCGACCAUGUGCAUACGGAUAUGCCGUUCAGUAGCGUUGUACGAGGAGAGACAUCCCAUAAGCAAGGAAGUGCGGAAAGAAUUGUGCCAGUCCACAAAGUGGUUGAAGAAUGUUGGUCGUAUUGUUUACAGAAAUUCAGUUAAACUUAAAUUUUCUUUUUUCAAAGAAUUAAUCGAAGAUGAAAGGUUUUAGAAUAGAGAAGAUGUAGCUAUGCACAUAUGUUUCCAAUGAUAAAGUGUGUUUUUCAUUCAUUUCAUAAAUUGCAUUUAACCGAUGAAAAAUAAUUAUCUGCAUGUGCCUGUACUACUGUCUUGUCAAAGGUUUUUGAAAGUGAGCCAUUGUUUAUGCUCAGCCUCUAUAUUCGUCUCGCAUUCUAACACCUUUUUAUCUUCCAAUACUUAUUGUCAUAUACUGCGAGAUGUUGCGAGGAAGAAUAUUACAGCAAAUAAUAAAAUAGUAUAAGUGGAAACAAUUGUUAUAACCUGCAAGCUUAUUUUGAAGCUUAAAAAGUUAAGGCCUUCAAUUAUUAACUAUAUAUAGAAUUACCGUAAAUUAUUAAUAUUGGACCCUAAAUUACCAAGUUAGAAAAUAUUAUUAUUUCUAUGUAGUACGUAUCAUAUGGAUAUUUUAUUUCAUUAUUU